UUUAGUUAUUUCGUUGUUUUUCAUUACUCUUUUCUUUGUUCCCGUUUGACCCAUUUCUUCCCCCAAUUGCUUCCCUCACCCUUCGUCUCCGGAGAACAAUCAUCCAUCAUAAAGCAUCAAAAAGAGGUGUAUGAAAGUUGAAAACUUGUGAGUAUUUAUAGCGAUUUCGAAUAAGUUUGAAUACGGAUUGGGUCAAACCGAAGCAUGGAUCUUGAAAACAUAAUAGAAGAUCAAGGUGAAACCUUUGAUCAUCCGCUUAACAAUGCGUUUGGCUCGCUGAACGACAUUUGUUAUGAGCUAUCUUCCCUGCAAGAUCUUGCGUGUCGUGGCUCGUGGCGGUCGAUUAUCGACAAAGUAGCUCGAGCGCGAACUCAGUCUCUUCUUUCUAAACCGCAUGAGCAUCUGAUUUAUCUCACCUAUAACACGAUAGCCCUCGCCAAACUACGACGUUUUGCAGAAGCAGUCACUGAACUUGACACUCUCGAAAAUGGCAUAGACGAUGUUACUUAUCGUUAUGAGAAUUACCCACAACACUACCCUAGCCGUUACGGAUCCAUGGCCCCGUUUUCUCUCCGGUGGUUGUAUGCGGAACUUCCGUCUAGAACCGGAAACCGUCAAGAAACUCUAGAUCGGUUCUAUACACUGCUACAUUUCGUUAGGGAGAAAAUAAAACCGAAAAACGAUAAAGACUCAUCGGGUUUGGCGGAUGAUAUAUGGAGAAAACGCGAGGGGUUGGUGAUUAACUCGAUUAUAAGCCAUCAUUUGAGUCAUAAAGAGUUCGGGGUUUGUUUGGAUUUGAUCAAAGAUUUGGUUAGCCGUCACACGAGCCCGGUUGGUAGAGCGGUUUUGAUCUCGAAGCUUGGUUAUAUCCAAAUGCAGUUAGGUGAUUUAGAAGGCGCGAAAGCGAGUUUUGGUAUUGUUGAAGGGAUUGUGACCGAAGAAAAAGGAGAAAUCGAGUUGAAAAAUCUCGUAAACAGGAAUAAGGCGUUGAUGUUUAUGGUCGGGAAAGAUUAUGUUUCUGCUGUACGGGAGUACCAGGAGUGUAUCGAUCGAGACGAUUCAGAUGUGGUGGCGAUUAAUAACAAGGCUCUAUGUUUAAUGUAUCUGCGGGAUUUAUCGGAUUCUAUUAAGGUGCUGGAGAGUGCGUUGGAGCGGGUUCCGACGGCUGCUUUAAACGAGACUUUUGUGGUGAAUUUGUGUAGUAUGUAUGAGUUGGCUUAUGUUAAUCACUCGGAUAUCAAGAAAACGCUUAGCAACUGGAUUGCUCGUGUAGCUCCGGAUGAUUUCGAUACUUCGUGUACUCGUGUUUGAGGUAGGUUUGUUAUGUUCUUUCAAGGACUAUUGAUGUUUUUGAUGUUGAAAAAUGUAUGUUCUUUUUCAGUUUGGUUUUCUUGGAAGUAGGCUGUAUAAGGCUGCUGAUAUAAUGCACUAGAUUGAAGAUAAUCACAUUGAGAUCCUUUAACUUUUCA